AUGACUCUUCAGGCAAUGGUGAGCGAGGCAGCCGGCCUGCACCCCGGCAGGGAAGCGGUGAGGUUUGAUGCGUGCGAUGGCGAACCCGCCGCUUGCUACACGUACGCUACUGUGGCUAAGCUCGCCGCGGAGUUGACGGCUUUCCUUCGAGAGCACUGCGAUCACCAAGGACAAUGUGAAAUUGGGCUUUAUUGCCACCCAGGAAUUAACUUACCGUCUUGGAUCCUAGGAAUCCUUCAAGUUCCAGCUGCCUAUUCUCCUGUGGAUCCAGAUGGACCGCCAGUCCUAAACACCUACUUCCUGAAGAAAUGCAGUCUUCAAUAUAUUCUUGUUGAGAAUGACAAAAUAAACAAAUUCAAGAUGUCCCAUGAGGGUUGGUUUUAUCACAACUCUUCCACAAUAGAACAUCUUGGUUUAACUCUUUUCCAGUUUAACCGAAGCAGGGCUGAUAAAAGUUCCCAGCACUUCAAAGCUAGGGGUAACUUGCAGCCAGAUUGUACUGUCUGUCCAGAUCAACUUGAAGUAGAAACACUGAAAAUGGGAUACACGGACCCUGGCCAAAAACACGCUCUAGCAUAUGUCUUGCAUACAUCAGGAACUACAGGGACCCCCAAAAUAGUUAGAGUGCCUCAUAAAUGUAUCGUGCCAAAUAUUCAGCAUCUUAAAUCCAUACUUGAGAUCACACAGGAUGAUAAACUGUUCCUGGCUUCUCCUCUAACAUUUGACCCAUCUGUGGUUGAAAUGUUCGUUGCUCUGUCAAGCGGAGCCUGUCUUCUUAUAGUGCCCAAUGCCAUUAAAAUGAUGCCUGUGGAGCUGUCUGCUGCUCUGUUUCAUCAGCAUCGUGUGACAGUGUUGCAGUCAACACCAACACUUCUAAGAAGGUUUGGAGCUCACAUUAUUAAAUCGACUGUGUUGUCUGCAAAUACUUCACUCCGUGUCUUAGCCCUUGGUGGUGAAGCAUUUCCCGUACUGAAUCUCUUGAAAAGUUGGAAGCACAAGGAUAACAGAACAAGCAUUUUUAAUCUGUAUGGUAUUACUGAGGUGUCAAGCUGGGCCACUUGCUACAAGAUUCCUGAAGAGGUUUUUAGUGCUGAUUUUCGAAGUGAUUUUCCUGUACCUUUGGGUUCACCGCUCCUUGGAACAGCAGUUGAGGUCAGAGAUACCAGUGGUUCUGCAAUUCUAGAAGGCGAAGGACAAAUAUUUAUAGGUGGUGAAGAACGAAUCUGUUUUCUUGAUGGUGAAAUAACUGUACCCUUGGGCACGAUGAGAGAAACGGGGGAUUUUGUAAGAGUGCAAGAUGCAAAGAUGAUCUUCCUGGGUCGGAAAGACAAUCAGAUUAAACGCCAUGGGAAACGCUUUAAUAUUGAGUAUUUACAGCAGACUGCUGAAGAUCUUUGUCAGGUAGAAGCUUGUGCAGUGACCUGGUAUCAGCAAAAACUGAUCUUGUUUGUUGUACCCAAAGAUGGUUUCAAAGAGAGAGAAGCUCUUAAAGAACUUCAGAAGCAUCUACCAACUCAUGCAAUCCCUGAUGACCUUGUACUGAUUAAAGCUUUGCCUUUAACAUCACAUGGCAAAGUCGAUCUGUCUGAGCUGAACAAGAUUUACCAGAGCCAUCUAAACUGCCGAAGACAUGACAGUAAGCUGAGAGGCGCAGAAGAAUUGUGGGAGAAAUUGCAGUAUUUAUGGAAGUCUGUUCUGGGUUUCCUCGAUGAUUCCAGAGAAAUUUCUAAAGAUUCAGUAUUUCUCUACAGUGGUGGAGACUCCUUAAAGGCUCUAAGAUUUUAUGAAGAAAUUGAGAUUCUAGUAGGCAGAGCUGUUCCUGCACUCCUCGAAGUUAUUCUAAGCUGCUCAUUUGAAGAGGUUUACAAGCAUAUUCUAAAAGCUUUGUUUCCAAGUGAAGACCAAUUAAUGAACUGUGACAAUGCUGCAAAAAGAAAAUUAAGUAAAGACAGUUCAGAGGAAUUCAAUGGAAAGUACAUUAAACUGAAAUCUGAGAGACACUUUGCAGUUGCUCCCGGGAUAGUUCCAUUUGUUGCAUUGAGCCGAGGAAAUCGGUUGUUUUCUAUGAAUUCUUCCAAGUCCUUUACACAACCCAAUGAUGUGGCACAGGUCGGAAUGGAAGCGAGACAACAGCCAUCCUUUCUGCAGUUACUGUCACCAGGUGUAAGCAAAAGCCAAGAGCAAGAGAGUGAAAUGGAGAAGAGCAGAAGUUUACCAGUUACCAGCAAGGCACAUAAAACAGAUUGUUGUUCUGCUCAGCCACGCUCUGCAGAGUGCAGUCCCGGAGCAGCGGCUGGGUUGGCCUUACGUGUAAGAUGGAAGGCCAGUACAGGCAGAUGUGUGGAUGCAUCGCCCUUGCUCGUGAUUCCGCUUGCAGACGAAGCGUCUGCCUCCGUCUAUGUCGGCUCCCACUCGCAUACACUGCAGGCGAUUGAGCUAGAUAGGGGAGAAAUAAAGUGGGAGAGGAACCUUGGAGAUCGUAUUGAAUCUUCUGCCUGUGUAUCUACGUGUGGAAAUUUCAUUGUUGUUGGCUGUUACGCCGGGUUAGUGCAUGUGCUGCGACGCAGCAGUGGUGACGUGCACUGGACCUUUGCCACAGGGGAUGCUGUGAAAAGCUCUGCGGUCCCAGAUCCUUCCAGCGGCCUAGUCUACGUGGGAUCGCAUGACCAACACGUGUAUGCUCUGGAGAUCUACAAAAAGACUUGUAUAUGGAAGACCCAUUGUGAAGGUGGAGCUGUGUUUUCUUCUCCCUGCCUAAGUUUUUUUCCAUAUCAUCUUUAUGUUGCCACAUUAGGAGGAUUGCUGUUGGCUAUAAACCCUGCUACAGGAAACAAGACUUGGAAAAGCUCCCUGGGAAAACCCCUCUUCUCCUCACCUCACAGCAAUGAAAAGUAUGUUUAUGUUGGAUGUGUGGAUGGAAACUUAUAUUGUUUGACUCAUUCUGGAGAAAAGGUUUGGCAGUUUUCCACCAAUGGACCAGUGUUUUCAUCUCCAUGCAUCUCAAGUUUAACUAAGCAAGAAGUAUUUUUUGGCUCUCAUGACUGCUUUAUCUACUCCUGCAAUAUGGAGGGUAAUUUACUGUGGAAAUUUGAAGCCACUUCAAGUGUAUACGGAACACCAUUUGUUUUCCAAAGUGAUGACUUAACGAACAAAAUUCUUUUGGCAGCAGUAUCUACAGAUGGCAAAGUGUGGAUCCUGAAUGCCAAGAGUGGAACAGUAGAAGGAGCAGAUAAGCUCCCAGGAGAGAUUUUCUCUUCCCCUGUAGUAUGGGGAACAAAGCUUGUUGUUGGCUGUAGAAAUGAUUAUGUUUAUUGCCUAGAUUUGUAUACAACAGGAAAAAAGAACAGCUAAAAUGUUAGGCUGCUUCUGUUUUAUUGUUUACAUUUGUAAAUUAAGAACUC